AUAUUUUUUUCAUUUUACAACAGUAAUUUAUUAUAUCAUCAUAAUAAGUAUACAUUAUAAUAUGUCCUUGCUGUUGCUAUUUCAACAGAACAUUAUGUGAUUGAAAAAGUAUCUAAUCUUGCAUAUCUCUAUCCUUGAAUUUUGUGUGCAGUCAUGAAGUGCAACAGUGUAGAAUGAUGCAGAAGUUGCCCACUCAUUAUUACCACUGAUCAUGGACGCUAAUCUGAUAGUAUACUGAUAUACGCAGCUAUAUGAUAGCCGGCACAUGUUGGCGGCUCUCAGUCUUCGGUAUCUGCGCAGUCUGCGCUGCGUGUAUAACAGUUGAAAUCUAACUUAACCUUGAGUCACCUUGGAUUUGAUUUCGUCUAAUUUAUCACAUCUAUAUAUUAUCACUUCUAUACGUGUAUAGAAACAAGCAGUGACGGAUUUAAGAAGUUCAAACGAAUUUGACAUCUAGAAAUUAAGAAAACGAAAUUUUGAGAAAAAAUCAAGAAACAAGAUUACAAGCAAAAAUAAUUACGAAAGUGAAUUAAGGAAAGAAAGAGAAACUAAACGAAAUUAAUUAGAAAGAGAUUUAAAAGGAAACAUUACUACAUUUCACAUAGGAAAUCAUAUUAUUAAAUAAAGAAAUAAAAAAUAGUGCAGUUUGGUGUACUCAAGUGCAUUCUGGCAUCAUUAGAUCUAAUUUAACUUAUUACCGCGAAUCAGUUCUCUAUAUCUGAUUAAUUCGUAGCACUUGACAUUGAUAACAAUUUACAGUAAUUGAUGAGAGCAUAACUGUAGUAAGCAUAAAUAAUUGACAUACACGAAUCGAGCAAAAUGGUCUUGGAACAAUAUAAAGAAAUUGUUGGAUCUUGCGCCAUGUAUAUUACAAUGGCACAUAUGUUAACUGGAACAUUAAUAUGCAAGGACAUAUAUAAGAAAGGUACAGCCAAAGGAACUGAUCCAAUGCCUUUUGUUGGUGGCAUAGGAGUAUGUAUACUGAUGCUUCGAUAUGCAUUGAUGUUAAAUGAUCCUACCAUGAUAAAUGUUAACAUAUUUGGUUUAUUGACAAACAUUAUAUAUAUGAUAGUAUACUACUAUUAUGCUCCAAAUACGAGAGAAGUACUUAAAUUAAUAUACAAGGUAACAAUUUUUGUGAUAGCCCUCCUUGUAUAUGCUCAAAUAGAACAUCCAACAAAUGUUGAAUUUAGAUUUGGCAUAGUGGUUACAGUACUUCUUUUUCUCUUAAUUGCAGCUCCUCUUAUGCAUCUUGAGGAAGUUAUAAGAACAAAAAGCACCGAAAUUCUUCCAUUUCCACUUAUUUUUGUGGGUACCUUAGUUUCUUUUUCAUGGUUAUUAUAUGGUCUUAUCAUCAACAACGUUUUUAUUAUUUUUCAGAAUGCAGUUGGUUUUAUUCUUUGCAUAAUUCAAUUAUCUCUUUUUGUGAUAUUCCCAUCCAAAAAGGAACAAGCUGAAUUAUUGAGUAAGGAGAAAAAAGACGACUAAAAACAGUCCUAAAUUUUAAAAGGAAGAAAUAUUUGUUAUAUUCAAAAUGAAAUUUAUAGUAUAUAUAUUUAUAAAAUAGCAGUAUUUUAUACAUAGAUAUUUGUAAUUGUUCAUUUUUCUAUAUAUCUAGGAGGGAACUGGUUGAAAGAUUUUUAUUUCUAUACUAUAAAAACUAAUUUUAAGAAUUCUAUAUAUUUUAUAAUAUAAAAAUUAUAUUUUAUAUACAAUAUAACCUAACUUUCAACUGCAUGGCGGAUAUCCGAUUUGUUUUACAGAUUUUAUUUUUAUGUAUUUUGGACUAAAAAUAUAUGUAUUUUUCGGAUAUAUAGUAAAAUAGAUAUAAUAUAAUAGAUUUUUAAAUUAUUUUUAAAUAGCAUAUUUAAUUAUUAUAUAGCAUAUUUAAAUAUUUCUUUUUUUUGCAUAAGUUUAAUAUUUAUAUUGCAUCUUUAUAUUUGUUGUUGUCAGGUAAUUUCUAAGCCUGAAUAGACAUAGUAUCCGCCAGAUCUAGCAUUCCAUAAUUAAUCAAUGCACAUGUAUCCCCUGUAUAAUUAAUAUA